GCCGCGUGAUGGAGCGCGAGGCGCGCAGGGCAGCUAAGAAUGGCCGAACCGGUGCCGAGCCCGCGGUCGCCGACGUCCACCGUGAUGGCCGGGGCGGCGUGUGGUGGGACGAGCAUGAGGAGUGGGAGUACGCACACCUCCUGGGCGGCGAGACUUCGUUUGAUGUGGCCGCCGAAGACGAACAUGCGUGGGUUGAUUUCGAUACGGCUGCGAACGUCACCUCGACAAACACUGUGGUAGAGUCGGAGGAACGCCGUGGGAGCGUGUCGUCGCAGGACUCUGACCUUGACCCGCGUUACGCGCUCCCGGCUCCAGGCGUAGAGAGCAGCACGGACGACCUCGUGGCCUUCGGCAGCGCCCUCACGCCUGUCGCGAGCUGCACCCCUGGCCUCUCCGUCCUGUCCAUCCCCGCGCGCUCGAGGCGCACGGCCCCCCACCUGCGCAAAGCCGCCUUCAUCCGCGAUGCCUACGCGUUUGUCCCUCCAAUGUCGCCGCGCUCGCCUGUCACCCCCGCGCGCGCUGUGCUCAAGGGCAAGGCUCGCCGCCGCCCCGCACCGCUCACGCUCCUUCCGCCUGCUCCCCAGACGAAAUGCCCUACCAACUCACCAGCCGAGCAACCGAGCGCACCUUUCUUCUCAGACUCAUUCGCGCCUGCGCCUGCUCCUGCGGUGUCAAAGCUUGCUGUUGUGGCAGAAGUUGCCAGGACCGGGAGGGGCAUCAAUAAAAAAACCUCUCGCCUGAAUCUCGCAGUAGGUGGAGGCGUGAAGGGAUUUUUCAAGGCGAUGACCGGGCGGAAGGAGUGAAUGAUUGUCUUUUCGAGAUGGCUUUAGAUUGUCUAGUUACAUUACUUAUAUUCGCAGAAUGCUCGUGCCUGAUGUAAUAAUGAUGUUACGACUUGCUAUUGACAGGAACAUCAAUCUCGUUAUC